AUGGCUUACAGUCAUCGCCUCGGAUCUGCAGCCUCCCGCGGAUUUUCGGCCACAGCAGUGAACCGUUACCAGUACGAUUAUCGCAAGGCGCUUGCAAUUGCGGGCCCGCUCCUGAAAAAAUCAGAUAAAAGAAGUCAUUUGAAUACGAACAAAGGCACCGUAACUUCGAAACAACCGUUACCACUAGCCCUUGACCUGAAACCUCCGGUGCUGGACCCGCUCCAGCGUUCCUUGGCUGAGAUUUUGGAUCAUUUCGGGUCCACGAAGUUAGGUGAGCAGGUGACAGCAGUCGAUCCUGUGAAUCAGCCAGAAAUCAGCAACGAGGCGAGUCUCAUCGAGGAAGCUGGUCCGUACUUCUUUCAAGUCGCCAAGCACUUGUUGCCAGAUUUACUUCGAAGUCUUGGGUACGACAAACCACUUGAAAUCUGUACCGAGCCACAGUCCUCCAAAUCAUCUGUUCCGGACAAGGUCAUCAAGUACGACCACAAACCCAUUUUAGUUCUAGACUAUAAGGGACCGAACUGCAUAUUUGAAGACGAGCUAGAGCUGUGCUCAGCCGAGACCGAAGAAAUUGCUCGCGAAAGACUUCAAGAGACCGAGCUCGAUCGCGCCAGAACAGACCUCGAAAACCCAACCGAUAGCUUGCUGUUUUCACCAGGCGUCACAAAAGAUACCGUCAGAUUGAUCCAGCAAGGCGUGAAGUACUUCCGAGCCACCAAAGCACCCAUGAUUUUAUUCUACGAUUAUGACAUUUUAUUGGCUUUAGAAGUACCAUCAACAUUGUUAGAUGGGGCUUCGGACGUGUUAAUUGGCACGACUGUAUGGAAAGAGCCUCAAAAAUCAACAGAAGACGAACCAGUGCCAUAUGCGAACAAUCAUGUUGCCGUCUUACUGCGUAUGGUCAUUCGAGCAAUUGAGAUAUCUACAAAUUAG